AUGCCUAACUCGCCACGUCUCUCGCUAAUUCCACCAACUCCAUCACCACCAACUCAAUUAUGUAACUCGCCAUUGAGUAUUUCACCUCAAGAAGAAUAUUUUCAAUCAUUACCUCCUAUAACUGCAUCACCAAAAAGUUCACCAUUAUUAUCUCCGGUAUUACAGAAGCCAGCCCCGCUAAUAUCAUUAUUAGAUAACGUGCUAUCUACUUUGUUCCCUUCACUCAUAGGAUUCUCGAAUAAAUCUUUCUUUGCCAAAAUCACCGCAUUAAUGGCUUGCCCGGCAUUUCUUUUUCUCACGCUCACUUUACCUGUUGUGAACGUAGAGGACAGUUUAACUGAUGAUGACGAAAUUGACUCGAUUGACAAUCAAUUAAUUCGGCAUUUAGAGCCGCCUACUAUUGUUAUCAAUGAUAACCCUGAUUUGGUCAUUGUUCCCGUUCCUGAAAAAGAAAGACCCAUCGGUUGGAAUCGCUGGUUAACUGCCGUCCAGUUCCUAUUUGCACCCGUGUUUAUCUCUCUUGUCCUAUUCAGCGAUGAUCACUCCAUGGAAAAAUUGCUUAUUUAUUCGUUCAUUGUUGGAAUUGUAUUAUUCGCGCUCUGUAUCUUUUUUACAUGCGACAAUCAGCCCCCGAUUUUCCAUUCUCUACUAUGUUAUGUGGGAUUCGGUGUCGCAAUGGUGUGGAUAUACCUUGUAGCCAAUGAAGUAGUUAGUUUGUUGGAGGCGCUAGGAUUAAUUAUGGGAGUUGGUGAUGCCAUUUUAGGUCUCACAAUAUUUGCAAUGGGAAAUAGCCUCGGAGACCUUGUUGCUAACAUUACUUUUGCUAAAAUGGGUUCACCUAUGAUGGCUAUGAGCGCAUGUUUUGGGGGUCCUAUGUUGAAUAUCCUUCUUGGCAUUGGCCUUGGUGGAACAUAUGUGACGGCAAAAACUGGUGUUCCUUAUAAAAUCAAGGUCGAUCCAACUUUAUUU